UUAAUCCAAAUAACUACCAACCAACUAUGACUCUAAUCUUCUCCACCUUCUUUCUUCUUCUUUCUUCACUCAUCACUGCUCAGCAGAAUUACUCGCCUCCCAGCUGCGGCGGCGAUACCGAGCCGUUCGGGCUGUACUCCUGCAACGGCCGAGCAAGCUCCUGUCGAGCUUUCCUCAUCUUCAAAUCCAAACCGCCCUACAAUUCCGUUCCUUCCAUUUCCAAUCUCACAUCCUCAAACCCAGAUGAAAUUGCCAUAGCUAACAACGUCACUGUCUUCUCGCUUCUAAAGCCAGACACGGCAGUCGUCGUUCCGCUUCACUGUUCUUGCAUCGACCAAUUCUAUCAAGCCAAUGCCUCGUUUGUCCUAGCGUAUUCUCAAACUUAUUACUUUGUUGCCACUGAGAUUUAUCAGGGAUCUACUACUUGCCAGGCUCUUAAGUUUGGUAAUAAGUUUCAUGAAUUGGAUCUUCGGGCUGGUUUGAAACUCCUCGUGCCGCUUAGAUGCGCCUGUCCGACGACGAACCAGGCUCGGAAGGGGGUCGAGUAUUUGGUUACUUAUUUGGUUGGCGAAGACGACACGGUUUUGGAAAUUGGGGAGAGGUUCAAUGUGAGCAAGAAGAGUGUUCUUGAAGCAAAUGGGUUUCAAGAGGAAGAUGAUCCAAAUCUAUUUCCAUUUUCAACGAUUCUAAUUCCAUUGUCAAUUGAACUAACAAGCUCACAGAUUCAAUUACCAUCCCCAUCUACCGCUGAUCGACCGGAGAAAGCGUCAUCGAGACAACAUAUUCUCGUCGAUAUCGCAAAAGGCGCUGGUUUCUUGACGGUAGUCAUUGCGGUUGUCGUUUUUGCAGUUUUUUUCAUUCGUAAAACCAGAGCAAAAGGGAUGACUUCUAAUAACGACAAGAACAUGAUAAGAAAAUGGACACCACCAGCUGAUAUUCGGGUCGAAAUCGCAGGCAUGGAGAGAGCUGUGGAAGUGUUCAAGUUCGAAGAGAUAACGAAAGCCACAAGAAGAUUCAGCCAAAAGAACAGAGUAAAUGGAUCUGUGUUUCGAGGAACGUUCGAAAACAAGACGAAACUAGUUGCGAAAAGAACCACAAUGGACACGAUUACAGAAGUUAACAUGCUAAAGAAAAUCCACCAUUUCAAUCUAGUAAAGCUCGAGGGUGUUUGCGAAAACGAUGGCGAUUUUUACCUUCUUUUCGAGUUCAUGGAAAACGGGUCACUAAGAGAAUGGCUCGAUAAAGGCAGCAGAAAAGAGAGACGGAGCUGGAGGACGAGGAUACAGAUUGCUCUCGACAUCGCUAACGGGCUUCACUAUCUUCACAGCUUUACACGACCUGCCUAUGUUCACAACAACAUCAACAGCAGCAAUAUCCUACUCAACAGCAAUUUACGAGCUAAACUUUCGAACUUCAGUCUAGCAAGAGUAACAGAGAGAGCCAUAGCAGCCUCUGUUUCGACCACAAAUCUCGUAGGGGCAAAGGGCUACAUGGCUCGGGAGGCGGGGCUCGUAACUCCAAAGACUGAUGUCUUUGCUUUCGGAGUGGUGGUUUUGGAGCUUGUUAGUCGAAAAGAGGCGGUUUUUCGGGAAGGAGGACGAGAGGUUCUACUUUCUACAACAAUGAUUCCCACCAUUGGAAACAAUGUCGAAUCUCGGCUAACUCGGUUUCUAGAUUCGAAACUUAAAGAACCUGGGAAGAUGGAGUUUGGUUUACAGAUGGUUAAACUAAGUGCAGCCUGCUUGAACCGAGAACCAGAACAGCGGCCGAGCAUGGGAGAGGUAGUAUCGACUCUACUAAAGAUUCAGGAUUGUUUACAGAAGCUAAAACCGUCGCCAUUGUCGUAUGGCGACCGAGAUGAACUCGAAGGAAGAACAGAGGCAGAGAUAAAUGUGGAACCAUAAGCAUUCAAAUAAAU